AUGUAAAGCAGGGUAAAAAAAAGAGAUGAUUCAAAUAAAGAGAUUAUGAAUGUACUAAUUGCGGAAGACGAUUUGUUCUAAAGUACAUGAAUUUUUAAACUGUUAUAGGAGUUGCAAUAGUGGAUUUAUUAUAAUUAUGUGGAUUUUAAGUUAUUGCUUGCAAAAAUGGGUUAGAAGCCAGAGAUGAACUUUUAAAAGGUGAAAAUGAAUUCGAUCUAAUUCUACUCGAUUUAUUGAUGCCAGAAAUGGGAGGACUUGACUUAUUAAAAAUCAUCAAAAGGUAUUUAAAAAUGAAUACAUAGCAUUGAUAAAUUAAAGGAAACUCCAGUGAUAAUGAUGAGUGGAGAUGGGGAAACUGAUAUUGUGGCUGCAUGCUUAGGAGCUGGAGCAUUGAACUAUUUAGUUAAGCCAGUAAACUUUAAGUAAUUUUAAAGUCUGCAAGAAUUAGUAAAAAAGAAACCUAAAAACAGAAAUGUAAUUUAUUAUUACACCUAGAACAAUUCGAAUGAAAAAGGUUUUUAUGAAGUAGUUAGAGAUUUGGGAAGAGGAGCUUUCGGCUGUGUCUAAUUAGUAAGAAAAAGUACUGAUUAAGAAUUAUAUGCUAUGAAAGUAAAAUUUCAAUGAAUUUAGGUUAUUCCAACUUCUUUUAUGAAUGAAUAAGAAAAGAAAAAUGCUGAAAAUGAAGUGAGUCUGUUAAGAGUUCUAACUGCUCCAACAAUCAUUAAAUAUUAUGAAAGCUUUGCUGAAAAUGAUUCAUUAAAUAUCAUUAUGGAAUAUGCUGAAGGAGGAUCAUUAAAUGAAAAAAUAUCAGAGCAUAUUAGAGUUGGUUAAAAAAUUCCCAAAGAUUAAAUAUUAGCUUGGAUGGCAUAAUUAGUGAUAGCCAUUCAUUUUAUGCAUUCUAAGAAUAUUCUUCAUAGAGAUAUUAAAACCCAGAAUAUGUUUUUGAAUAAAGGUUUAAAUUAACUUAUAUCUUCUUAGAAUAAGUUAUUAAAUUAGGAGACUUUGGUAUUUCAAAAGCAUUAGGAACUCAUGGAAAUUUUGCAUAAACCUUUCUAGGAACUCCUUAUUUUAUGCCUCCAGAGGUCAUUAGGGGUGAACCAUAUGGAAAAAAAGCAGAUAUUUGGGCCUUAGGUUGCGCUUUAUACGAAUUGGUUAUGUUAAAACGACCCUUUUAACAUGAUGUGAUGCAAAUUGUAUUUGACAUGAUACAGAAUAAACCUUAUGAUAUGGAUCCAUCAGUUGACUCAGAUCUUUAAAUACUCAUAGAAAAAACAUUACAAAAGGAUCCUAAUAAAAGACCAUUUGUAGAAGACUUGGCUAACAUUCCCUGUAUUGAGGAAAAAAUCAACUAAUUUUAUAUUGAUCAUCCAAAUGAAAGUAUGGAUAUGAUAUAUUCUUAGCAAAUUAAAUAUUUUUCAAAAAGUAUUAACUUGGGUAAAAUAACGAUGAUGGAGGUAAUUCUUAGAAUCCAGAAGAUAAUUGUCUAAUGGUUGUGGCUGCAAUGAUAGAUAAAGUUUAACUUAGAAAAAUAACUAUAGGGGUUGUAAAUCAAAUGUAAGAAUAAUUAUAUUAAAUUUAGUGAAUAAAUUGGAGUUUUAGGAUCAGAUAUUCUUAGUUAUCUUAAACAAAAUUUUGAUAAAAAAAAUGAAACUGAAUUACAAUAGUUUGUAUCAACUCUUCUUGAAUAACAUUUAAUAAUCCCGCUCGACAAUAAUAAUCAAUAACUCAUAUCGACUUCUUAUUAUUCUUUUCCUAUGUUUUUAGAAUACAUACCUGCAAAUAAUUACUAAGUAUUUACUAGCAAUUCUCAAGAUAUGAUGUUUAUUUUAAAAAAACUCAUUAGAAAAUUCAAGGAAUUCUAAAGAAAGAUUACAGAUAAGAAAUAAUUAAGUUUUGAAGCAUUUAAUAAAAACUUCAACGACUUUUUCUAGUUAGUUCAUCAAACAUUAGAACUCUAGAAAGCAACUAUGAUUGACUAUUCUCCUUAAAAGAAACUUGCAGUAUAUGUUAAUAUUUAUUAAUUAAUGAGACUACAUCAGUAAAUUAUUUUCAUAUUUUAGAUCAUUAUAAUAGUAUUACGUUUAAAAUUUGCAGAAAAAAAAAGAAUUAAUUAAUUAACCUUGCAAUUUACUAUAAUAGAUAAUUAGUACUGUUAUAGUUCCUCGUCCCCUUUAAUCAGAAUUUGCUUACUGUAUAGGUGGCUAAAUUACUACUUUAGGAUAAAUAAAGCAUGGGAUCUUGAGAGGAAAUAAAAACACUGAGAAUACUCAUUUGCUUCCUAAGGAUGAUCCCAGAAUCUUAUAAUAAGAAAUUAAAGGAAUUUUCAUUUUAUUCAUUGAAGAAUAUUAAGAUUAAUAAUCAUAAAUUACUUAAGAGUUGAUCUUCUUAGAUGAAGGAUAAGUUACUUAAUACAUCUAUAAAUAAAUAUAAUAGUUUAUUUCUAAAAAUGUAAUACUUGAUCUAGCUGAAUAAGAGAUUGUGAUUCAUCCCUUAUUACAAAGUAAAUUAAUUGUAUAUUUUAGAAUACAUGAGUGAUUUUGGUUCAUUAAGAAAGUUAAUUGAAUGGUUACUAGAAAAUAUUGAAGAGAGAUAAGACAAUAAAAAGAUUCUCAAUUAAUUUGAUAAUAAAGAGUUCUUUAUUUUGUUUAAGGAUCCUAAUGUCUUAACAAAGUAUUGA